AAGAAUUCUUCCUCGGAGUCAGAGAAGAAGAAUUUCUAGGCCUGGAUUACUCAUAUAUACAGUGUGUCUGUAUAUAUGUGGGGCCCUUAUGCUCGUUUGUCCAUCUCAGCCGUCAAUCGUAUCCUAGUCUUCCUUCAUCUCUCACUCAACGUCAAUUUCUCUCUCUAGAUUCUCCAUAAUAAUCACUCUCUCUCUCUCUCUCUAAAACUCAUGCUGUCCCCAAACCCGCUGCCCCUCUUAUUUGCUCUCCUCCUCUGCUUGCCCCUCGCCAUCGUCUUUACCGUCACCACCACCCCCGAACCGACCGCCAUCUCCUCCGCCUCCGUCGCCGCCAACGACGACCCCGUUACCGGCUAUGCCUCUGUGGCCGCCGCCCACAAUGGCCCAAUGCACAAGCCCACGGAGGAGCCUCCUCCACCCCCUCCGCCCCCCAAAAUCAAGAAUUCCACUGCUACCAACUCGGCCGAGGGCCGGCCGUCAACCUCCACGGCCGCUGCCACUGCCCAAGUCGACCCGAAGGGUACCCCGGGAAUCGAGUCUUUAUCGCCGUCGAGGGACAAAAUCGGACCUCGAAAAACUACACUCCCUCCACCACCCAGGAUGAAGAAUGCCACGGCCGCUGCUGCCGCUCCUCGUCCCCCGCCGCAGCCGGCGAGCUACGAUGACCCUGCGGACGAUGCCUUCUUCCAGGUCGCCUCCCGGGCCAGCGCGAAAGCGAAGGAGCCGAGGAAGGUGGCGUUCAUGUUCCUCACCACCGGCCCCCUCCCCCUCGCAGGCCUCUGGGAAAUGUUCUUCAAUAACACUCCGAAGGAUCUCUACAACAUAUACAUCCAUGCCGACCCGAGUGGUCACUACCACCACUCGCCGUUCAGGGGCGUGUUCGCCAACCGCGUCAUCCCGUCGUCCAAGCGAGCUCUCCGGGCGACCCCGACGCUCAUCUCGGCGGCGCGUCGGCUGCUCGCCAGCGCGCUGGUCGGCGACCCCGGGAACUACAUGUUCGCCCUUCUCUCCCCGUCCUGCAUCCCCCUCCACUCCUUCAACUUCACGCGGGACGUCCUCACCCGAUCGAACAAGAGCUUCAUCGAGAUACUGGACGACGAGCCGGGGGCGUUCGACCGGUGGGCGGCGCGUGGGAGGGACGCGAUGCUGCCGGAGGUGAGGUUCGAGGACUUCCGGGUAGGGUCCCAGUUCUGGGCCCUGAAGCGCCAGCACGCGCGGCUCGUGGUGCGUGACGUCACCCUCUGGUCCAAGUUCAAGCUACCAUGCGUGAGGUGGGACACGUGCUACCCGGAGGAAAAUUACUUUCCUACUCUCCUCAGCAUGCACGACCGGCGGGGCUGUGUUCCCGCCACCCUGACGCACGUGGACUGGUGGGGCCGAUACGACGGCCACCCGAGGACGUACAGGGCUCACCAGGUGGGCCCGGACCUGAUCCGACGGCUGAGGAGCGACCGCCCCAGGUACGGGGACGAGCACCCCACCAAUGGGUCGGUGCUGGUGCGGAACGGCCGGAGCCACCCGUUCCUUUUCGCCCGGAAGUUCGAGCCGAAGGCCUCGAAGCCUCUGAUGGCCAUUGCGGAUGACGUCAUCUUCAAGGAUUAGCUUUAAGAUGGGAUCGCAGGCAAGCCAGGAUUGGCACGUUCGUAAAUUAUUAGACUGGUGGCAUGUAUGUGAACUUUUUAACUUUAUCUUUUCUUUUUCAUUUAUUUUUCACAGGGAAAGUGAAUAGCUUUACAUGGGAAAGGUAUUGAGGGAGAGUCCCUUUUAAUUUUGGGUAUUAGUCGAAUUUUAUAUUUUCACUCUUUUUUUCUUUUC